GCUCGCCGGGCCCGCGCCCGUGCCGCCGCCGGAGCCGCCGCCAGAGCCGCCGCCCCCCCCGGACGCGGGCGGGGCUUCGCCAGAGGCACCGCCGCCUCCGCCGCUGCCGGCAGCCACGCCCGAGGUGGGACAGACACUUGCGCCACAACCGCAGGCAGUUGAGGACCGGGACCACCUGCGCUCCCUGCAGCAGUGGAUGGGCGGGGCGGCGAUGUGGCGCCAGGCCCCCGCCGAGGCCGCCAGCGUCUUCGAGGUGGCGCCGCCGCCCCCGCCGCCGGACCGCUUCGGCAGGGAGGUCAUUGUCAGCCCUGCACUGGAGAAGCUGAAGCGGGCGAAGAAGGACAAGGCGAAGGCCAAAACAGAUGUGGAUCCGAAGGCGAGGCUGAAGCAGAAGGAGCGGCCGAAGGAGAAGGCCGCAGGCAAGGACAGGAGAAGACCGCGAAACAGAAGGCCAGCGCCACUCGCAAGGACGGGGCCCGACUUAACGACAGGCCCCGCGGCGGAGCAGCUCCACCUCUGCUGGCGGGAGCCCACAGGCCAGCUCGGCCAGCAGCCCGCGCCGGCCCAAGGCGCGGCGGCGGCCCAAGGCCAGACGAGACGGAAGGCGGCGGAGCUCCAGCAGCCCGCGCGCGGAGCGCUCGAGCGGCGAGGCGGCAUCCUCCGAGGAGACGCAGCCGCGGAGCAAGAAGCGCAAGGCGGGGCUGAGCAGCACCCGGAGCGGCUCCGGCAGCAGCUCUGGGAGGCGGGCGGCGCGGCGGGCGCCGAAGGCCAAGGCGAGCGGGAAUCAGAAGAAGAAGAAGGCGCCGAAGCAGGCGGCGCAGAAGCAGGACAAGGGGAAGAAGGCGGCCAAGACGGCGAAGGAGAACGGCGCUAA